CACGAUUGAUAUUAUUUUUACGAUGAUUAUUCACACAGUGUCUCUCAUUAGAUUGAGUAUUUAUGUAAUCAUCCAUAAGUACCAAUGUUGACAACGGUGCUAAAUUGAAUUUGCUAGCUCUGUGCUCUUUCAAACGACGCGAUAAAUUGUGUUAGAGACUAAAUAUGUGACAUGUCACCAACCACAACUUCCUCUGGAUUCUGGCUUCAUUUGAUCGUUUGAUAUGGCAUCAUGUUCCAAAGGGUAACAUGGACAAAAGACGAGCAAUCCACCUACUGAAUCAACAGUGAUCCUAAAAGAACAUCUGAGGAAGGGAAGAUAACCAAGACUAAAAGAUGAUUGCGAUUACCUACAUCACAUUCUUUGUAAUGCUGUGCCUAUGUGGAGGGUUUCAGUUUUUGGCUUACCAAAGGAGAAAAGAUUUCUCUGAGGGGAACAAUCCACAGUUCCUGAAAUUCCAGCGUGGUUACUUUGCUGCGUACCUGAUGGCAGUGUUUGCUGAUUGGCUGCAAGGUCCUUACCUGUAUAAACUGUACUCCUACUAUGGGUACCAAGAGGCACAGAUAGCCACUCUCUAUGCUGUCGGAUUUGCUUCAACUAUUAUUCUUGGUACAUGGACUCCAAUUGCUGCCGAUCAAUUUGGGCGCAAAAAACUGUGUCUGCUGUUCACAGUUCUCUACUCAGUUUCGUGUCUUAUGAAGCUAUCUACAAGUUAUGGUAUCUUAUUAAUUGGUAGAGUUAUAGGAGGUAUUGCUACCUCAGUGUUAUUUUCUGCUUUUGAAGCCUGGUACAUUCAUGAACAUUUAGAAACACACGACUUUCCAAAAGAGUGGAUUUCUGUUACAUUUGCAAAAGCUUCUUCUUGGAAUGGUGUUUUGGCAGUACUAGCGGGAGUGUCGUCCAACUUGGUGUCGGAAGGAUUUGGGAUGGGUCCAGUUGCUCCUUAUAUGCUUGCCAUUCCCUUCCUUAUUUUCUCUGGAAUAAUCGUAUCAACUCACUGGACAGAAAACUACAGUGGUAAUAAAAUAAAAUUUAAAAAAUUAUGUGGAGAAGGUUUUAAAAUGAUCGUGACAAAGGAAGAAAUCUUUAUGCUUGGAGCUAUUGAGGCACUUUUUGAAAGCGUGAUUUACAUCGUGAUUUUCCUUUGGACGCCAAUCCUACAGACUGGCAAUCCUUCUCUUGGAAUCGUGUUUUCAAGUUUCAUGGCAAGUAUAUUAGUAGGGCAGGGAUUUUUCAAUGUUGUGUCGACAUCAAGACGAUUCCAGCCGUCUGUUUUACUCAUGUUAUCAAUUGUUAUGGCAGUGAUAGCGAACGUUAUUCUCAUCAUAUCCACUCAUCCAGAGAAAAGGGACGAAUCACUCUCUUUCUCUGCGCUAACUUUAUUUGAGGUUGCAGUAGGAAUAUAUUUUCCAGCGAUGGGAUAUCUCCGGAGUCGAAUAAUUCCGGAUACGCAUCGUUGGGGCGUGAUUAACUGGUUCCGUGUGCCUAUCAACCUGAUUGCUUGUGUGAUAUUGAUGCUUCUACAUGAGGACGUGUUUCAGCAUGGCAACAGAAUGAUCUUUGUACUCUGCCUUCUCCUCCUCCUCCUUGCCGUCGCCAGCGGGGGAAGAUUUCUGAAGGUCACCAAAGAUGACGAAAGGUUGAAACAGGAAGCAGCAUGGCUAGAGAGUGACCACAUACAUAACAUUUUCUGAAUAUUAUUUCAAAAACUAUUGUGUAAAUGCUGGAAGAUUGAAAAUUCAGCUACAAUCUGUAAAGUUAUAAAAGACAUACAGCUGGGAUAUACAAUUUUUAAUUUUGAGCCUGCAGACAGAUUUGUGAGAAUUUCACUAAAUAUUAUAAUCGCCUUCCGUCCGUCGUCGUGCGUAAACUUUUUACAUUUUCAACUUCUUCUCAAGAACCAGUGGAUGGAUUUUUUUCAA